AGAUUUCACAGAUAAACCCACAAUAUUCGCUGCAGAACUUGUUGAAGGAAAGUCUGUGAACAUAAAAUGCGUCUUCAACACCACGUGUAAUGGAACUUCACCCACCUUAACCUGGGUCACCCCCACGGAUAUCCCACCAUCAGUCUCAAGCAGUGUAACUCAGUGGCACAACACUCUGACAUAUACUUCUGUCCUGACCAUGACACCAGCGCUCAAACACCACGGGCAAAGUCUCACCUGCAGAGUCAGAUACCCAUCUGUUUCAUCGGAGCAGACCCUCACACUAACUGUGCAGUACGCCCCACAGGAUUUCUCAAUCACUUCUACCAACAGUGUGAACAAUUCCUGGGUGAAUAUGAAGGAAGGGAUUCCUACAUCGAUCCUCUGCUCCGUCCAGAGUUUCCCAGUGUCUAAUCUAACGUGGAGACAUCUCGGUGUCACACUGAACACAACAAGUUCCAACAAUGAACUGUGGCUGGUGUUUCCACAAGUGACACCCCAGCAGGCCGGAGACUAUCAGUGUGUGGCAAAGAAUAAACACGGGACAGCGGAGAGGGCAGUGACCCUCACUGUGGAAUAUGCCCCACAGAAUCUCUCAAUCACUUCUACCAACAACGUGAACAAUUCCUGGGUGAAUAUGAAGGAAGGGAUUCCUACAUCGAUCCUCUGCUUCGUCCAGAGUUUCCCAGUGUCUAAUCUAAAAUGGAGACAUCUCGGUGUCACACUGAACACAACAAGUUCCAGCAAUGAACUGUGGCUGGAGUUUCCUCAGGUGACCCCCCAGCAGGCUGGAGUCUAUCAGUGUGUGGCGGAGAAUGAACACGGUACAGCGGAGAGGGCCAUCACCCUCACUGUGGAGUAUAAGCCUGAGAUUUCUCGGGACUCAGGAUGCACUCGGACCCCCGAGGUCAUCACAUGUGUGUGUGCGGCCAGAUCAAACCCACCCGGAGAGCUCACCUGGCACCUCCCCCUCGCCAACCUCAGCGGGAACCAGACGCACGGUCGUUUCCAGACGUGGCAGGUGGCAGACGGGCAGCUGGUGACUGGCUCGCUGACCUUGGGUGUGGGCGAGGGAGAGGGGGAUGUGACCGCCCUCUGUACUGUCCGAAACCAACAUGGAGAGGUCAUGUUCGCAGUGUCCCUGUGGAUGAAAGCUGAGGGAGAGUCAUGCAAGAUUCCAAUCAUCUCAUUGGCUGUGAGAGGAGUUCUCGUUCUUCUUGCAUCAGUGGCUGUGAUUUGGUUAGUUAAAUCCUACUGGAAAACUGACAAGUACCCAGUCUCCGACCUGCUCCUGUAUCUGAAGGUUUAUGCGGAUGGUCCCCUUGAGUUUCUGGACACUGGGGAUCCCCAGGAUGUUGAUGGUGGGGGGACAGCAUCAGGAUUGUCAUUGAAUGUGGGGCCAUCGCUGAGAAGAUGGGUGUCCAUCGCGCUGGGGACCACCACAGGGGGUGAAGUAGAUCACCUGCUGGGACGGGUGUCCAUCGUGCUGGGGACCACUGCAGGAGGUGAAGUAGAUCACCUGCUGGGACGGGUGUCCAUCGUGCUGGGGACCACUGCAGGAGGGUGA